CUAUUCUUUUCUUUUUUUCGUUUUGUAACAUCAUCAUCGUAUAACAACACUAUGCCUGGAUAUUAUACCUAUGUUGCUGGUACUUCAGUGACUGUUUUAGGCAUUGUUGGUCUUUAUAUGCUUCUUACUGGUACAGGUGAAUCCUUUAAUGUUGGUCAAUUUCUUCAAGAAGUCUCCCCUUAUUCUUGGGCAUUAGCUGGUAUGGGACUUUGUAUUGGUUUAUCAGUAGUUGGUGCUGCUUGGGGUAUUUUCAUCACUGGGUCAUCACUAUUGGGUGCUGCCGUCAAAACACCACGCAUUCAAUCCAGAAACUUGAUCUCAAUUAUUUUUUGUGAAGUUGUUGCCAUCUAUGGUAUUAUUAUGGCUAUUGUGUAUUCCUCAAAAUUGAAUUAUGUAGCUCCUGAAGCUCUUUAUACCUCUUCCAACUUUUUCACUGGCUAUGCUAUUUUUUGGGGUGGAUUGACUGUUGGAGUAUGUAAUUUACUUUGUGGUUUAGCAGUGGGCGUAACAGGAUCUAGUGCUGCUCUUGCUGAUGCUCAAGAUGCUCAAUUAUUUGUCAAAGUGCUUGUUGUGGAAAUCUUUGGUUCUGUUUUAGGUCUCUUUGGUUUGAUUGUGGGCUUGCUAACGACUGGAAAAGCAGCUGAUUUCAAAUAGUAAGAGUAUAGUAUAUAUUCUUAUUCUUUUAUGAAAUUACGUAUAUUCUUUGAAUGAAAUAAAGAAAUACGUGCAACUUUUUGUUAGACCAAAAAUGAAGUAUUGUUUUUUUUAUUAUUUAUUUGAAUUCUUUGUUAUUCUACUAUAUAUAUUUUACUAAUUAUUUUUGUCAGUCACUUUAUUAUGAAAUCUCUUUCUUUGUUUUGAUUAAUGAAAAGAAAUUUCAUUUUGU